ACAAAACGAGCACCGACCGCUCUAACCCAACACACAGUAUCCGUAGACACGGCACAGACUGUUUUGGGUCGACGAUUCCGCGUUUUCUCGCAUAGAAAAUGUCGUUAUUUCGGGCUCGAACGUCGUGAAAAAGUGUGGAAAAGUUCGUGUCGUUCGCAAAUUCGUCCAGUGCAGUUUUCCAUUUGUGCAAUGUGCAAUAAUUAGCGUAUUUAAUUUGUAGUUUCUUAACUUUUUGGAAUAACUCGAGUGUAGGAUUAUCAAUUCCAUAGGAUUCGGUUAAGCCACAGGUUCCCAAGAUGUCCCCGCAGCGUUCCGUCGACUGUUCGUUUUUCCGCCGCCGGAAAAUGCCGAAUUUGUGAGACUCUCUCGGCUUGGGAAAAUGCUCCAAUCGUUGGAAGAGUACAUCGUCGAAAUGGAAAACCGUAGUGCCAUAGACCAAUCGCUGGCGACCAACGUCAACGAAGACGUGUGGACGCAGCUGCAGCAAAAGGAGAACGAUCUGGUUCUGGCGGCCGAAUUGGGCAAGGCCUUGCUUGAGAAAAACGAAGAACUGAAGCGCCAGAAGGACGCCAUCGAGGAGGAAUAUUCGAAGAAAUUAGAGCUGGUGGAGCAGGACAGGCACGUCCUGCGCCGGCGGCUCCACUCCAAGGAGUCGGAGCUCGACGCGCGCAUCCUCGAACUGGAGAAGGACGUCGCCGAGCUGACGUCGAAGCUCAACGCCAAGGACGGCCUGCUCAAGCAAUGGGAGCGCGACAAGAGCGGCCUCGUCGCCGAGCUCGGCGCCCAGAACGCCCGGCUCACCGCCCAGCUCAAGGACGCCUCGCACAAGGAGCAGCAGCUCUUCAGGGAGAUCGACGAGUACAAGGAGCGGCUGAUGAUGGGAAAGAGCAGCCUGCAGGAGCACAUGAGCAGCGUUACCGGUCUCAGGGACGAGUUGGAAUUGGCGGGCGAGAAGAACCGCGAACUGGAGAGGCGGUUGCAAAUGGCGGCGGCCGAUAGGGAUAACAUCACGCUGGCUUUGGAAGAAGCCUCCGAUAGGAUACUGAUGCUCGAAAGGCGCUCCAGGGAGCAGGACAUGAGGUAUCAACAGAGCCUCAAGGAAUACUCCCUACCGCAGGAGAAGCUUUCCAUAGAAGAUAGAUUAAGCGCCGGUGAAGAACGAUCUCUCUUAUCAGAAAUGGACAUAUCCGAGCCGACGUUGUCGCAGGAAUGUCUAUCGGUGUACAGGCAGCUUCGGUCGCUCGUGCAACAGCUCAAAUCCCACUCGGACGACGACAGCGGAUUGCACUCGGAUUGCUCCACUACCUCCUUAGACGAUUCCACUAGAUUUACACCCGGCAUGCUCACCGAAGUCGCCCAGGAGCUGGUGGGCUUAGUAUUAGACACCGACGUCGUCAGACUGCUGGAGAGAGUGGAACAAGCGCGGCGGGAGAUACAAGAAAGGGACGACGAGCUGGCCAGAAGAGCCGAAAGGCUCAUGGAGCUAAGUACAAAGGCUUCGGUUUGCGAGGUGGAGCUGGCCUCGGCGUUGGAGCAGCGCGACAGGGCGGUGCACGACGCCUCGGACACGUCGCUGGCGCGGGACGAGGUGGUGCAGAAGGCGCGCGAGGACCGAGACGGCGCCGUGGAGAGGCGGGUGAAGGCGGAGGUGGAGCUGGCCAAGACCAGGGUGGAGCUGAUGCAGGCGAACAGCCAGCUGCUGGAGACGGUGCAGCAGAAGGUCGAGUUGAGCCAGCAGCUGGAGCAGUGGCAGAUGGACAUGCACGAGCUGCUCGACGAGCAGCUGAGGAAUAAAUUGUCGAAGCAGGAGGUCAAAACGAAGAUGCCCAGUGAACCGGUCGUGCCUCCUAGGAGAAGAUAUUUGCUUAGGUUUUUCAAUCGAUAGCGUUUCGAAACCGCUGCGUAGGCAAUGUUAUUUUAGUUGUAAUUCGUUUAAAUUUAUAUGUUUUGUUUUUUGAUACAAACGUACCAAAUUAUUUUAUUUUUUUUUUUUAUUUUCUAAUAGUUAAUUGUUUGGAAACAUUAAUUCGAAGCAGCUGUACCACUGUUUUUUUGGUGUAUUAACAAAAAUUAUUUUUAAAUAAUUUAUUGCUUUUAUAUAAUUAUUAAUAAGUACAUUUUAGUUAUUAAGUGAUCCUAUCAUGUUCAUAUUUUUUUUCCAAUUCAUUAACUCCUUUAAUUUUAACAUAAAAACUGUGAUUUUAAUAUGAAAGGCUAUACACCUGCACUUAUUUAAUAUGUAGUACAAUAUUUUAUUAAGUAAAAUUGUUUGAUUUUUUUAAACCUUAACAAACUCACAGCCAGAAUCUACUUCAUCUCUACUACUUCUGCUACUUCAAAUUAUCCUCGUCUUCUUCGAUGAAAUCCCCAUCGGGAUAUUCGUAGCCAUGUUCGUUUUGUAGUUCAUAAUCCUCUAAAGGAACAGCAAUGCUUCUUUUAUAUUCCUUUUGGCGUUUCUUUAGUAUUUGCCUUUGCUGUAAGAACUUAUUAAACACCUCUCUCUGGGAUUUUUCAUCAUCAACAUCCAACGAAACUGAAUUGGAAUACUGCUUAAGUUUGUAACGAGCCCAAUUUUCUGUAUUCGAGUUAAUCCUGCUCCUUGAAGCCUGUUUAAUUCUGUUCAUUAUCGAUGUAUGAUCUAAACCAAACACACAGUUAGUCAUCAGAGGCAAAUCGGUAACUUGUGAUAGAUCUUCUUCUAUCGGAUGUUGUCUUUCUAAAUCUUUGAUUUUUUCUUUUGUUGUAUUAUCUAUAGGUAGCGUGAGUUGGAGUUCCGAUAUAAAAACGGACGCAGGAUCGAUGUUACUAGGCCCUUCUUCCCCGUAAUCGGCCACAGCCAGUCUUCUAUCCAAUUCGAGUAAAACACAUGCGGAUUUGUCUCGAAGAAAUUGAAUAGGAGGCACCUGUCCCAUUAGCCUCAAAGUCGACAGUUCGUGCCUCAAAGGCCCCGCUACUCUCUUUAAUAUCUCCUCCACCUUGUACAAAUCCCUGUUCUGCGUCGACCAAUAUACUUUCAACACUUUAUAGUCCAACGUGAUUUGGACUUUAACUACCUCGACUCCUAAUCCUAGUAGUAGAUGCGCGUUUUCGCCCGUAGACAUCAAAUCGGUGAUGUUUCGCAUAAAUAGCUUGUUCAAAACCACAGCUCUUCUCGAAUCGAUAACGGCACGUUGAGUGGAUAUUUCCGACGCCACUUUCGCCGAAUGCGGAAUAGUUUCAUUGUAAUAAAACUUCUUCUUCGCAUUGUGUUUUCCCAUCACUUUUCUCAUCGCGUUCGCCACUUUGUUGGUUCCGCAAAUUGAAGCUGAUGUGUGGAAAGCAUCGUAGCUUUUCAAAUUGGGUGAAAUUUGAAUGUUUCUUAACAAAUUACGACAAUAGUUUAAUGAAAACAUGAUAAAUAUAAACACUUAUUUUGUUAUUUUAAAAUUAUAAGCUAACC